GGACUGCUUCUCUCUUAAGCAAGAAUCACUAUAUUUACCAAAAGCUCGAGUUUGGUCGCACUCUCGCGCACCUACCCAAUGGACUCUUUAACUCUCCUCCGUCGUUCCCAACUUUCAACCUUCUGAUUUCGAUACAAUCCAAACCCUAAUCUAACCCUAAUUCCCAAUUAUUGAAAUUUCUUUGUCUUUCGUAAACCCUACUUUCCUUGAGUUCUUCGACACAAUUUUUCAUUUUUACUGGAUUUGAUUCAUUCAUGGGCCGUAACUCCCUCGCUCCCGGGUUCCGAUUCCACCCGACCGAUGAAGAACUGGUCUGGUACUAUCUGAAGCGUAAGGUGUCUGGGAAAAACUUCCGAUUUGAUCCCAUCUCCGUCAUCGAUAUCUACAAGACAGAGCCCUGGGACCUACCUGGCAAGUCGAAGCUGAAGACGGGGGAUUUGGAGUGGUACUUCUUCAGUUUUUUGGAUAAGAAGUAUGGAAAUUCGUCGAGGACGAAUCGGGCAACUGAAAAAGGGUACUGGAAGACUACUGGUAAGGACCGCCCGGUUCUACACAAUUCCCGGAAUGUCGGGAUGAAGAAAACCCUUGUUUUCCAUAGCGGGAGGGCCCCGAAAGGUGCCAGAACUAAUUGGGUUAUGCAUGAGUAUCGCCUUUCAAAUGAGGAGCUGGAGAAAUCUGGAAUUCCGCAGAAAGAUCCGUAUGUGCUUUGUAGGAUAUUCCAGAAGAGUGGAACGGGACCGAAGAAUGGGGAGCAGUAUGGUGCUCCUAUUGCUGAGGAGGAAUGGGACGAUGAUGAUGUGACUUGUGUACCUGGUGAACUGGCGGCUGAUAAUGUAGUGGUAGUCAGCGGAGGGCCAUAUGUUGAGACAAAUGAUGUCAGCAAUGGGGCAUAUGUUGAAGCGUUUGACAAUGAUCAGAAUUUUGACACAGGCAUUCCAUCUGAAUGUCCUCCAUUGAACUUUUAUUAUGGGGAGACGAGCAACUAUGUUGAGCAUUCUGGGGAGUUUGUUGAUGAUGGUACAACGGCUGUGAUAGGCACUGGGGAAACUACGGAAUACCAUGAAGACCAGAAGUUCUUUGACUUACCAGUGGAUUAUGAGAUGGGUGGAAAGACAGUGAAAGAUGAAUAUUUAACUUCAGAAAAUUGUGAUGACUUGAAAUUCUUUGACGUACCAGAGCACUAUGAGGCAGAUGCAAAACUAGUCAAAGAUGAAUGUUUCAUUGAACCAAGCAAUGAUACGAAUCCUGCUGAUGUCAAUUACCCACUUAAUGAACCUUAUUUUAACACUACUGAAAAUCCACCAGUUGGUGAUGGGCUAUUCCUUGAAACUAAUGAUCUUUCAAAUCCAGUGGAGUCAACUGCAGGCUUUGACAUGCUUGAUGAGUACCUUACAUACUUUGAUGCUGAUGAUGACAUUUCUCAGUAUAUUGAUUUUGAUUCCUGUGGAAUGAUGGGGGUUGAAAAUUCUGUUCCUGACCAAUCUCCAGUUGACCAGAAGCUUGGGAAUGGCGAAACUGAACAACUACCAAUGGGAGUUGAACAUCUUGCACAAGCAGAGGAUACCAAUGAUGCAUCUUCAUCGAAGCAAAAGCCAGAGUUCAAGCUUGAAUCAGAUGUUAACUAUCCCUUCAUCAAAAAGGCCAGUCACAUGAUGUUGGGCAACAUACCCGCUCCACCUGCAUUUGCUUCAGAAUUCCCUGCUAAAGAUGCAAUUCUUCGGCUAAAUUCUGGUGCAGCAUCUUCCAGUUCAGUUCAUCUUACUGCCGGCAUGAUCAGAAUUAGAGACAUAACUUCAAGUGACAACAGGAUGGACUGGUCUUUUGGCAAGGAUGGGGUUGUCAACCUUGUCUUUUCUGUUCAGCUGUCGCAGAAUGACGGCAAUUCUGGCAAUCUGGUGCCAAUGGAUGGCUCUCUCUCUGGAAAGACAGGAUGUGUGGUGAUGCGGGGCUGGUUUUUGUUUAUGUUCUUCUGGGUCCUAUUUCUCUCAAUGAGUUUCAAAAUUGGUAGCUAUGUCUAUACCAGGUGAUGCUUCUCCAGUAAGGGCGUUUUCGAUGGAACAGGUGGGACUAUCUGGUAGUGAAUAUCCCGAGUCUCACUAGGGGAUAGAAUGUUCUUGCAGAUUCGAUAUUUUAGUUUAAUUUGUAUACCGUAUACAAACUUCCGUACCUAGUUAUUUAUACAAACCAUUUGCAUAAGAUGGUAUCACGACUGUGUUCUAUUUUGAAUAGUUAUAUACUGAACGAAUGCAAGACGGAAGUUUUGUUUUAUGUAAUGCUUCAUUGUAAUUUUUUGUUUAAUGUACUAUUUCAUUGUAAUUGAAGCCUAGAAAAACUAUAAUGUAGGGUGUGCUUUUACAACUAUUUUGCUUAUUUUUGUGAA